CAGCAACCGGUGCUCCCAUGGCGUGCAUAUAUCAAACGCUAACACCAAAGGUAGGGGGGCACGAUGGACUUUGAACAAUCCUCUUCGAUUAAUGUCUCGGGGUUUCGUUUCCUUCGGUCGGCUCCGCCGGGAGCGCGCAAAGUAUGUUCCUUCUUUCCUCCGUUUCGUCUUUUAGCAGACUCUCGUCUUCUCACCGACCGGCGAUGCUCGCGAAGGCGUCCUCCUUGAUGGCUUCCUUCUCCUGCUCUUCUCCGAGGAGGAUGAGAGGGCAACCCAGCAUAUGGACAAAUAUGAGAAAACAAUGGUUUGGGAAAAAAAAACUUUAUGGCUUUGGUACACUAAUUGUCAAACCUGUCAAAGUUUUGCAUGGAGCUAAUCAUUUGUUGGAUCUCCCUCCUUCCUUUUGCAAUAUUACCUCUAUGGCGUCCUCAUUGCAAAUUGAAUUGGUGCAAUGCCUUCAAGACAAUUACGCUUAUCUUUUGCAUGACAUAGAUACAGGAACAGUUGGAGUAGUAGAUCCUUCUGAAGCUGUACCUGUUAUAAAUGCAUUGGAACGCAAAAAUCAAAGCUUAACUUAUAUACUUAACACUCAUCAUCACUAUGAUCAUACUGGUGGAAACAUGGAGCUCAAAGCAAGGUAUGGUGCAAAGGUGAUUGGUUCUGCCAAAGACAAGGAUAGAAUUCCUGGCAUAGACAUAGCCUUGCAUGAUGGAGAAACAUGGAUGUUUGCAGGCUACCAGGUUCAUGUGUUGGAGACCCCUGGGCAUACAAAAGGUCACGUGAGCUUUUACUUCCCUGGAUGUAAAGCAAUAUUUACCGGUGACACCUUGUUUAGCUUAUCAUGCGGCAAACUUUUUGAAGGAGACCCAGAUCAGAUGUUUUCAUCACUUCGUAAAAUUGUGUCUUUACCGGAUGACACAGAUGUAUACUGUGGUCAUGAGUACACUAUGAGCAAUGCUAAGUUUGCCUUGUCCAUAGAACCCAACAAUGAAGCACUACAGGAGUAUGCAGCAGAUGUUGCUCGUCUUCGCAGUAAAAAGCUGCCAACGAUUCCAACAACGAUAAAGAAGGAAAAACAGUGUAAUCCAUUUCUGCGCACCUUUAGUCCUGAGAUCCGCCAAAAGUUGAAUAUUCCACUUGCUGCAAGUGAUGCACAAGCCUUGGGCAUCAUUCGCCGAGCAAAGGAUAACUUUUAAAGCAGUUCACGGGUACGAGGAAAGAUUUAUUGAAAAGCUACCUCCUGGACUGAAUUGUUUAAGCAGUUGUUUUAUGAGGGUAUACCAUAUUGUACAGGGAUAAUACUUUUGCAAACUCCCUCAACAAGAAAGCAAUAGGAGCUCAUGAGGAACAUGUUCUACAUGUGAAUCCCAUCCGUUCAUGAUGUGUUUUCACAAAGAGAUACUUGCUAAGUUAGUGUUGCUAUAAUAUCACUCAAGCUGAAUUGAAGCAGAUCUGUUAGCGACUAAGAAGACAGAAGAAUGAGGAGAUUUCAGGUAAGAACUCGCCUCGUGGAUUUGACUUUUAUAAAUCAAAGUGUGAGAAGACUUGUUAAAUCUUUUAGAACCAGCAAUCAAACUGUGAGAGUGGAUGCAAGUAAGAAGGCCGAUUCAGGAACUCUUCCUCCCUAAAAUUUAAGCUUUAGGCUCU